GGGAGCGCGCCAUGGACCCCAAAACAGGCGGUGGCGAGGAGGAUGACUGCGUGGACUCAGGCGCCGAGACCGGAGGGUCUGACUACAGCCACAUGUCCUCCACCAGCAGUGAGCUCUCCGUGGAGGAGGCGCAGGACCCUUUCCUGGUUAGCAUCCACAUAAUCGCGGACCCGGGGGAAUCCCAGCCCCUGCAGGAGGCCAUCGACAAGGUCUUGGCCUGGAUCCACCCGGACCUGCAGCUGUUCCGCGUGUCGGAAAGGAGGGCGUCGCGGCGGCGGCGGAAGCCGGCCAAGGCGGCGCAGCCCGCGCUGGCGGUCGUUCUCUUCCUGCAGGAGGAGGCGGGCGAGGAGCAGAUCCUGCGGCUGCACCGCGCGCUGCAGCGGCCGCCCUGGCGCCACCACCACACGGAGCGCGUGCCGCGCCGCUUCCUGCCCUACUUGCCGUGCAGCCAGGACUUCUUCACGCUGGCGCCCGGCACGCCGCUCUGGGCCAUCCGGCCCGUGCACUACGGCCGGGACAUCGUGCGCUUCACCGUCUACUGCCGCCACGACAACUACGCCGACAUCCUCAAGUUCUACGAGCUGAUCCUCCGGCGCGGCCCCAGCCAGAGGAAGACGGACUUCUGCAUCUUCCCCAUCUUCUCCAACCUGGAUGUGGACAUCCAGUUCUCCCUGAAGAGACUGCCCUGCGACCAGACCCCGGUCCCCACCGACUCCUCGGUGCUGGAGUUCAGGGUCAAGGACAUCGGCGAGCUCGUGCCUCUCCUGCCCAACCCCUGCAGCCCCAUCAGUGAGGGCCGCUGGCAGACGGAGGACCUCGACGGGAACAAGAUCCUGCUGCAGGCGCAGAGGGUGCACAAGCAGUGUCCUAAAGCCGGCAGAACUCAGGCCUCAGCGGAGCAGAAGCCUCCCCCCGCGCCUCCCCCGCGCGCCUCCGCGGCACCGAGCAGCGCACCUGGCGGCGGCCGGCAGCCCCUGCCGGGCAGGUCACACCCGGGGCCCGGCCCCGCGGGCCUGCCUCCUGGGCACCGGCAGGAGUUUGCCAGACGAGCCAGCAGCCCUCCCAGCCUCCCCUGGUCUUUCCAGAGAAGCAAGUCCUUGUUUUGUUUGCCCACAGGAGACCCCUCCCCGGGCUCCUCGGCUCUGCCACAGUGGUUCUCAAACACAGGCGACCCGGGGCACAGGCCGCGGGGCCUCCUCUCCAUCGAUGACUUGGAGGGGGCGCAGGAGACAGACGUGGACACGGGCCUGCGCCUGUCCUCCUCGGACCUCUCGGUGGUCUCUGCGUAUUCCGCGCCCAGCAGGUUCUGCGGCAGCGGGGACGCCACCCUCCCCUCUGAAAGAUGCGGCAGCCACUGGCCCAAGCCCAGGGGCUCCAGAGAAGGGCCGCUGCCCGCUGGGAGUGGGGUGACCACGGAGACCUCCUGGGCCUCCCUCCCGUUCUUCACCAAAGGCCCUUCCAGCUCCUCCGCCACAGCUGCUGCCGCCCCGCCUGCUUCCGGCACCUCCUUGCGCACAGAGUCCUCACCCGAGUUCGCCGGUGGUGCUCCCAGUGCCGAGCAGACCCGCAGGGACGCCCCCCCCCCACCCGCCGUGCUGGCUGCACCUGCGGACAAUGAUAUGGAGGAAUUCUACAUCUGAACGCUCCCUGCUCCGGCUUUUCAGACACACUGGCUCAGGUCCGACUGGCCCCUCUGGGGUCUGAACCCCGCGCGCGCUCUCCGUUCUCAGCCGG